AAAAAUAGUGUUAGAUAACAACCAGUUAAUAAUCAGUUUAAAUAAAAACACAUUUGGAACAGUCUGAUUCCGCCUCUAGACCACUGGUCUAGUGUUGUAUCCAAUAGUCUAUAAGUCUAAUAGUUAUUUUGUAAUGAAUGACUUGCAAAAGUAAUAAAGCAUAGACCUGAUAUACAGUAGAAAUAUUACCUGAUAUUAGGCAGCCAACCUUUCACUCUAGAGUCACUCUUGUUGCUGCCCUUGUGCAGGAUCUCCUAGCAACAGAGGCCUGUUUACCUACAAAACCACCACAAGACAAGAGAGGUGAACAAACAACCUGGAGUUGCAGCGCUGCACACGUGCCCAGAGGAUUUGUGCAAUCCAUCACUGUUGCCAGUGAAGGUUUCCAUUAUAGCAGUCACAGACGGCUGAGCAGAGGAGGAUAGUCAUGCCGACUGUUGGAGCAACAGGCAGCAGGGGACGACUGAGCAGCAACACAGUCUACAAUAAUUCUUAUAGGGGGUCUUAUGAUGCAGGCACUGUGAACUUCACUUCUCACCUCGGACCUCCCAGUGGGACAGGCUUCACAGCAAACCAGAGACCCGCCAUAUUUUAUAGGCCCAGUCUGGACCACAUUGACAACCCUCAGUUUGGACUCCUGUUAUCUGACAGCUUCAUGUCUCAAACUAAACGACACUACCAGCCUCACAUCCGGUCUGACUGUUCAGGGUGUUUGCCGAACCUCGUUAACAAACCCAAAGAGAGCGGCUUCUAUCAGCUGAGGAAUCAUCCGAAAACUGUGACUGAGAAGGAGAAGACAGAAUACCAAAGAUUGUUUGUGCCUCAUCGUCUCAUACCAACAGUGUCCCAGAACUAUGUGACUGUGGGUCCAAAAGGAGAAAGUGGUUUCACUGAGGGAACAAACCUUCAACUAAACACAUUUCAGGAGAAAAAAAGUCGCAUGGUUGAACCUCACCAGACUCACAGCUCAGUGAUGAAAAGUGACUUCAUUCAGCCGUCAUUUCUGCAGGGCACUGAGGCAGGAUCGAGCCUGUGUAGCCACUCUGCUCGAGAAACAGGAUUCACUCAAGGUGCCAUCGCUCCCUUGGCCUGCUCGGCCUCCCUUCUGCCAUCACCCCACACUAAAAAUAAUACACCGACUGAAAAGACCAUUGGAAAAAAGGAGCCCACAGGGUUUCUUCUCAACGCUCCAAACAACCAGACUUUCCCUAAUGCACCUUUUGUUUGUUCACACUUCACUACACAUUACAAGAGCAUGUUCUGUCAUCAGGAUGAUUAUGUAAAGUUGAAAUCUGGCCACGCUUGCACAGGGAUCAUCGGUGUAAAAAUGGACAACAGCUACAAUCGUCGAGACAUGGACAGGUUCAUCUUUAGAGGCUAGACCUUCACACACCUGCGUUGGUACCUGCACGGCCUCAUCACAAAAAUAACAUUUCACAUUAACACAGUGCUCUGGUUUACUUUACUCUAAAAUAGUUUGUGUAGAAAUAAAAACUGGAUGUGUGAGUAAGAACUGUUGCAGUAUUUCCUUUUAAUCGCAUCCUGAAAACCUUAAUCACUUCCCCGUCUGAGCUGUUUUACAAUAGUCCUGUCAAAAAAUACAGCUAAUUUUCAUCUCUUUGUGAAGGCCUUUUUGUGUGAGUUGAAAAGCUGCCAUCAGACGGUUGUGUGAAGUGAGUCAUGUGAGAUCUAAAGGGGGAGUGAAGGAGAUGAUGCUUUGUCUUUGACUGCCUCGCUGUCACUGACCUACAGAGAAUGAGAGGAGUGUAAACUAAUGAGCAAAAUGAUUACACUUAGACUGAGUAUGGUACCAAUUCCCAUCGACGUCUGCUGUAUCUCAAACUGUUUUGCCACCCACAGCUGUGGAAUGAGAAGCAGAGCGCCGACCGAGGAGGUGGAUUAAGUUUCCAAAAGCAUCACAU